CACUUUACUCUUUUUUUUUUUUUGUUUCAUACACACACACUUUUUUUCAAAAUGGCUUCUCUCUUUAGUAGAGAAAGAAUACUGGGCCAUUCAAGAAGAGACUCAACCGGUUCAACCACAAUGAACGGAACCCGGUCCACCACCACCAUCACCACCACCGGUUCAUCCACUACUAAUUCCGGUUCACCGCCACUUCCAUCACCAUUCACUGACUUAACACCGUCACUAACCGCCACUGACCUCCGUGAAACCGCCUACGAGAUCUUCGUUGCCGCAUGCCGUACUUCAACCGGCAAAGCAUUGUCCUACAAUUCUCCGGCGAUGUCCGGUUCUCCAGCGGCGUCAGGUUCGCCGGCGGCGUUGUCAGCUUCACCGUCUCAGAGAUCGAUAACGUCGACGGCGGCGUCGAAGAUGAAGAAGGCGUUCGGUCUCCGAUCUAGCUCGUCUGUCGGUGCCGGAAGUCCUGGCUCAGCUGGAUCCGGCGGCGGCGGUGGUUCCGGUGGGAAGGCGGUGAAGAAGGUUAUGACUGUUGGUGAGUUAAUUAGGAUUCAGAUGAAGAUUUCUGAAGCUGCUGAUUCUAGAAUUAGAAGAGCAUUGUUGAGAAUUUCUGCUGGUCAGGUUGGGAGACGAGUUGAAAUGAUGGUUCUUCCAUUAGAGCUAUUACAGCAGUUUAAAUCUUCAGAUUUUACCGACCAACAAGAGUAUGAUAUGUGGCAGAAGAGAAACUUGAAGAUGUUGGAAGCUGGACUUCUUUUACACCCUCAUGUGCCACUUGGCAACUCCACGACUGCUUCCCAGAGGCUGCAAAAAAUUAUUCAUGGUGCAUUGGAAAGACCAAUUGAAACUGGAAGGAAUAACGAGGCAAUGCAAGUUUUACGUGGAGCUGUAAUGUCACUUGCCAACCGAUCGAAUGAUGGGUUGUCAGAAUCAUGCCAUUGGGCAGAUGGGGUUCCGUUGAAUCUUAGACUCUAUGAGAUCCUUCUAGAAACAUGCUUUGAUGCUAAUGAUGAAUCGUCUAUUAUAGAUGAAGUUGAUGAGGUUAUGGAACUCCUUAAGAAAACAUGGGGAAUACUAGGAAUAAACCAAAUGUUUCAUAACAUAUGUUUUUCGUGGGUUUUAUUUAAUCGUUUUGUUUCAACUGGACAAUUAGAUAAUGAUCUGCUGUAUGCUGCUGAUUGCCAGCUUGUAGAAGUUGCAAAAGAUGCAAAGACAACGAAGGAUACUACUUAUGCUAAAAUCUUGAAUUCUACAUUGACAUCGAUAUUGGGCUGGGCUGAAAAACGACUUCUUGCAUAUCAUGAUACGUUUGACAAAGGAAAUAUUAAUUCUAUGCAGAGUAUUGUUUCUUUGGGGGUAUCAGCUGCUAAAAUUUUGGUUGAAGACAUAUCUAAUGAGUACCGUCGCCGAAGAAAAAAUGAAGUUGAUGUGCCUCGAAGUAGGACUGAUACAUACAUUAGGUCAUCGCUUCGGACUGCCUUUGCCCAAAUAAUGGAGAAAGCAGAUUCAAGCAGGAGGGCAUCACGAAACCAGCCAAACCCACUUCCGGUCCUUGCUAUUCUUGCGAAAGACGUUGGUGAAUUAGCUACCAAAGAAAAGAAAAUGUUUAGCCCAAUACUCAAAAGAUGGCAUCCUCUUGCUGCUGGUGUGGCUGUUGCCACUCUUCAUAUUUGUUAUGGGAAUGAAUUAAAACAAUUUAUUUCGGGUAUAACCGAGUUGACGCCAGAUGCAGUGCAAGUUUUGAGAGCUGCUGAUAAGUUAGAGAAAGACCUUGUUCAGAUAGCAGUUGAGGAUUCGGUUGAUAGUGAUGAUGGUGGGAAAGCAAUCAUUCGUGAGAUGCCACCUUUUGAAGCUGAAGCUGCAAUAGCCAAUCUUGUCAAAGGUUGGACCAAGUUGAGAUUGGACAGAUUGAAGGAGUGGGUAGACAGAAAUCUUCAACAAGAGGUAUGGAAUCCACGAGCUAAUCAAGAAGGAUAUGCUCCCUCUGCUAUUGAAGUCUUGAGGAUUAUAGAUGAAACUCUGGAUGCCUUUUUUCAGUUGCCAAUUCCCAUGCAUCCAGCAUUGCUUCCUGAUUUAAUAGUUGGCCUUGAUAGAUGUCUCCAGUAUUACGCAAGUAAAGUGAAGUCAGGUUGCGGAUCAAGAAAUACAUAUAUUCCCACUAUGCCGGCAUUGACCAGGUGUGCAGCGGAGGCAAAGUUUCAUGGUGUAUUCAAGAAAAAGGAAAAAUCUGCCAUCCUACAGAGAAGGAAUUCUCAGGUUGCUACAAUGAACGGGAAUAAUAACGCUUUUGGAGUACCACAAUUAUGUGUACGUAUAAAUACUUUGCAACAAAUUCGUACAGAGCUCGAAGUUUUAGAGAAAAGAAUCAUAACCCUUCUGAGAAAUUCUGAAUCCGCUCAUGUUGAAGAUUUUUCAAAUGGUUUAUCAAAAAAGUUUGAUCUCACCCCGGGUGCGUGUUUGGAAGGCAUUCAACAGCUGUGUGAGUCCAUGGCUUACAAGAUUGUGUUUCAGGAUCUUAGCCAUUCUCUUUGGGAUGGUCUUUAUGUUGGUGAGCUGUCAUCUUCCACAAUCGAACCUUUCCUUCAGGACCUAGAACAGAAUUUAAUGGUUAUUGCAGAGACAGUGCAUGAGGUAGUCCGGACACGUUUAGUGGCUGAGAUUAUGAAAGCAUCUUUUGAAGGCUUCUUGUUGGUUUUACUUGCUGGUGGCCCAUCACGUUCUUUUACCCGUCAAGAUUGUCAACUUAUUGAAGACGACUUUAAGUCCCUUAAGGAUCUAUUUUGGGCUAACGGUGAUGGGUUGCCAAUGGAUGUAAUAAAUAAGUUUUCAACUACAGCAAGAGAUGUUCUUCCACUUUUUCGAACUGAAACUGAGACUAUUAUUGAGCGAUUCAGGCGUUUGACUCUAGAGAUUUACGGGUCAUCUGCCAAAUCCCGACUCCCAUUACCCGCAACUUCAGGUCAGUGGAGCUCAUCUGACCCAAACACUCUCUUACGUGUUUUGUGCUAUAGAAAUGAUGACGCAGCUUCUAGAUUCCUAAAGAAAACUUACAAUUUGCCUAAGAAACUAUGAUGAUCCCUGCAUACUUCACCAGGGAAUCUGGGUAUUUCCUUGAAUCUUACCAUAUGAUUACUACAUAAGUUCACCAGGGAACUAGGGAUUUCCAUAGAUCUUACUGUAGUUCUGUUUGGAUUUGUAAUGUUGGCUAUAAAGUAAGCAGGCUACCUUAAAGGUUAUGUUUUUGUACAGUUGAUCUUCGAGAAUCUUUUUGUUAAAUCAACCCCACCCAGUCCUCCCUUGUUCUGAUUCAGAUGGCGGUUUAGCAUGAAGAACUGUUUAGCAUAAAGAACUGCUCGAAGUCGAAGAUUCGUUAUUGUUGCCAUCAGAGCGCGGUGUUUAUAUAAGUUCUUUGGACCUUUUUACUUCUGCUUCAAGGCUGCAUUUCUUGAUUGUUUUCGUUCUGAUGGAAAACUUGCUUCUUUUUUGAAAGCCUAUUCUCAAUGGAUGUAAUUGGUGCUAAAGACUACUGUUGGGAAAGUUGCUCACAACCCAGAUUCUGAAUUAAUGUUAGGUAUUUAUUUAUUGU